UGGUCACGUGGUGCUCACGUGACCCAGCGCAGGGCCCGGACAGCGGCAGAAUCAGAGACAGCAGCAGCUGAAAACCGCUCAUCUGACUCCCUCACGCGCAGAUAACGAGCAGAACCGCUCCGCUCGGGGUUCGGUAUCAUCCGCGGACCGGGUCCGUUCCUCCAGCUCAUCCAGUUCAUCCGGUUCUUGCGUUUUAAAGCGGGAAACCAGCGAGGAGCGCCUGAGGAAUCCCCGACGCUGAUUGGCCGGCGGCUCCUCUGAUGCGAUGACGUCACGGGCGGAGCCGAGCAGCUGCCAUGAGCGCGCGGAGAGGAGCGUUCCGUCCGUCGAUGACGUCACUGGGAGCGGGGCGCCGGCCGUAAUGACGUCAUGAGGCUAAGUCCCCAGCCUCAAGGAGGAGAAGGUUUCCUGUGACUUGGAUAUUUGCGCCUCUUUGGUGAAUUCCGUCCUCGAUAUUCCCCGGAAAGGCACGGGUUGUGUGUCCGCUGGUCGGCGUGAUGUAAUUUAUGUGCCUUGCUGGUCUUUUUAUGCAGUACUUUUGGGCCGGAAGUGUUUGUGAAGCAGCGGCCGCUCUCACCUGGACCCCAGGGACCCGCCGGUGAGCCGGGUGACUCUGUGGAUUUGCGUGCAGCCGCUCGCGGAGCCUCGGGUCGGCAUGUUCGCGGCGGUGGAGCUUGGGCCCGUCCUCUGCAGCGACUCCAGCAUCCUGUGCCUGUCCUGGAAGGGCCGCGUGCCCCGCAGCGAGAAGGAGAAGCCCGUGUGCAGGAGGCGCUGCUAUGAGGAGGGCUGGCUGGCCGCGGGGAACGGCCGGGGAGUCGUGGGCGUCACCUUCACCUCCAGCCACGGCAGGAGAGACCGGCCCUCCCCGCAGCGCAUCAACUUCAACCUCCGGGGACACAACAGUGAGGUGGUGUUGGUGCGAUGGAACGAGCCCUUCCAGAAGCUGGCGACCUGCGACACCGACGGCGGGAUCUUCGUCUGGAUCCAGUAUGAGGGCCGCUGGUCAGUGGAGCUGGUCAAUGACCGCGGAGCUCAGGUGAGCGACUUCACCUGGUCUCACGACGGCAUGCAGGCGCUGAUCUCGUACCGCGAUGGCUUCGUGCUGGUGGGCUCGGUGAGCGGUCAGCGCCACUGGUCCUCGGAGAUCAACCUGGAGAGUCAGAUCACCUGUGGGAUCUGGACCCCCGACGACCAGCAGGUGUUGUUUGGCACAGCGGACGGGCAGGUGAUCGUCAUGGACUGUCACGGCCGGAUGCUGGCUCAUAUACUGCUGCACGAGGCGGAGGGCAUCGCUAGCAUGGCCUGGAAUUACCCCAGCUUUCUGCUGGAGGACAGCAGCGAGAGCGACACAGACUCGGACGAUUACACGCCUCUGCAGGUGCACCGUCUGAAGCCGCUGUUGACCGUCUGCUUCACGUCUGGAGACGUCAGUUUGAUGAGCAACUACGAUGACCUCUCGCCCACAUUAAUACGCACCGGCCUCAAAGAUGUGGUGGUGCAGUGGUGCUCUCAGGGCGACCUGCUGGCUGUUGCUGGGAUGGAGAGACUCGUGAUGAACUCUGACCCCACCCAAGCCACCCGAAACGCCAUUGUUAAGUUUUAUAAUGUUUGCGGUGAGCACAUUUACUCACUGGAGACACCUGCUCAGAGGCCGAUCAGUACGCUGUGCUGGGGCCAUCGGGACUCGCGUCUGUUCCUCGCCAGCGGCCCGGUGCUGUACGUGCUUCGUGUCGAGCAUCGGGUCGCCAGCCUGCAGCUGCUGUGCCGACAGGUGAUCGCCAGCGCGGUACACGAGGAGAAAGAUGUGGCCAAGCUCAGCAUGCCCUCUCGUCUGAGCACAUACGUGUCCUCUGCCUUCGCUUCUACCAUUAAGCCCCCCAUUCCAGAUCCCAACAACAUGCGGGACUUUGUUAGUUAUCCGACAUCAGGUAACGAGCGUCUGCACUGCACCAUGAAGCGCACCGAGGACAACCCUGAGGUCGGCGGCCCUUGCUACACCUUAUACCUGGAGUAUCUGGGGGGGCUUGUGCCUAUUCUGAAAGGCCGUAGGAUUAGCAAACUUCGCCCAGAAUUUGUCAUCAUGGACCCAAAGACUGAUGGGAAAGCAGAUGAAGUCUAUGGCAACAGCUUCAUCCCCUCUGUGAUUGACAGCUGCAAUUGCUCAGACUCUAGUGACAUUGAGCUCAAUGAUGACUGGGUUGGAAAGAAAUCACCAAAGAUCUCCAGAGGGAGCAAGUCUCCCAAACUUCCCAGAGACUUAGUGUGUCCCUUUACCAACAGGAUAAAUAUAGAUCCCCGUAAGUCCCCCAAGCUCUCCCGUACCGCACAGGAAAUAUCGCGAUCGCCUCGGUUACCCAUUCGCAAGCCCUCCAUUGGCUCUCCGAGUCUGACUCGGCGGGAGUUUCCGCUCGAUGACAUCACACAGCACAAUUAUCUUGCGCAAGUUACAUCUAACAUAUGGGGAACAAAGUUCAAAAUUGUGGGGCUUGCAGCAUUUUUGCCAACAAAUCUUGGUGCAGUUAUCUACAAGACAAGUCUGCUUCACCUCCAGCCCAGACAGAUGACCAUCUACCUCCCUGAGGUGAGGAAGAUCUCAGUGGAAUACAUUAACCUACCUAUGUUUAGUCCUAAUGUCUUCAGUGAGGAUGAGGAUGACCUGCCUGUCACAGGAGCAUCAGGAAUCACUGAUGAUAAUCCACCUUGCACUGUCAACAUACCCAUUGCCCCCAUACACAGCCCCGCGCAAGCCAUGUCCCCAACCCAGAGCAUCGGCCUUGUCCAAUCCCUACUAGCCAAUCAAAACGUCCAGUUGGAUGUGUUGUCUAAUCCAACAUUGACUGUGGCACCACCUGGGGUGUCUGACCAAGGACAGCAGGACACUGUGCUCACGGCACAGUACACCGUUCCUGCCAGGUAUUCUAGUCCUGGACAGGUAAUCUUUGGAGGUAUGGAAGUUGGUCGGCUUUUAGUUGCGCAAUCCCAACAACAACAGCAGCAGCAGCAGCAACAACAACAGCAGCUGCAACAACAUUAUCAACCGCAGCAGCAGCAUCAACAGCUACAGCAACAGCUUCAACAAUAUCAGCUGCAGCAUCAACAGUUGUUGCAGCAUCAGCACAUGCAGCAACAGCAGCAGCAACACAUGCAACAGCAGAUCCAACAGAUGCAGCAGCAACAGCAAAUGCAGCAACAGCUUCAGCAUCAAAUCCAACAGCAGCAUCUGCAAAUGCAACUGCAGCUGCAGCACCAGCAAAUGCAGCAGCAGUUGCAACAGCAGCAUCAGAUCCAAAUCCCUGUUCCAGCUUUGCCCUCAGGUCAACCGUCAUGCCCGGUCAUUCAACUUCCGCAGAGUACCAUCCCGGACGUUCCCCCAACAGUAGAGCACGUCGCGGAGCGUGGGGAACAUGAGCUCCUGCUUAAAAUUAAAACCACUCGGCCUGCCCCACAAAUGGCUGAGGGUGAUGCAGUAGUUUUUACUGCCCCUCUUGGGAUUAGCAAAAUGAACCCUCCCCCUCCUUACCCUGGCACAGUUGCCGCAGCAAUGGCAGCUGCCACAGUCGCAGUUUCAGCUGCUGCUUCUACGAAUUCCACCUCUGGGGCAACAGGAAGCAGCUCUAGCACUUCAUCCUCAGGGGAAGCUUGUGUAAAGAAAGGGGAUCUGACCUUGUAUCCACCUGGUGCGCAGGCAGCUCAGUACCCAACCCCACUGGGCUACGAACGCAUCACCACAUUUGACAGCAGCGGAAAUGUGGAGGAGGUGUGUCGUCCCCGCUCGCGACUUGUUUGCAACCAGAAUGUUUACACGCUGCAGGGCCCGGGAAGCUCCGCCACCCUCAGGGUCUCAUCAUCUUCCUCUGCUGUGGAGGGGAAGAAGGUGCAGUUGCCCUAUGCCUCAGCCACGUUGAACCGUCUCACUGUGCCACGGUACUCUAUACCCAGUGGGGACCCGCCCCCUUACCCUGACACAGCCAAUCAGGUUGGAGCAGGGCGGAACCCUGGCCAGAGAUUGGACAGCAGCUUGAUUCACGCUACCAUGAGGCGGAACAGUCGGGAAGCUGCGCUGAAGGUUUCUCAGAUGCUGGAUCCACAGAGGACCCUACCCUCCAAGGCCAAAGCCAGUACUUUGUCUGCUUCCUACCAGCCGAGAGGGCCAACAGCUCUUUAUACAUGCAGUCAGUGCAGUAGUAACGGUGGGGUCAGCUCUGGGGCCACCAGCAGUGGAAGUAAUGGAAUAGCUGGGGGGACAAUCAUUAGGCAAGAUUUCCCACCAACCGGAGGUGGUGCACCUCACAGCACUGUUAUAGUGCACUCCAACAGUGCCUCGCCUCUGCCUUCCCAGUCCUCCUACAGCCUACUCGGUAUGGAUGGCACCGGUGGAGUGGCUAGUGGAGGUGAAAACAGGGAAAGGGCUGACUAUAUCAACUCUGCCUUUACAGAGGAUGAGGCAUUAAAUCAGUCUUUGUGGCAAAUGGCUCUUAAUACGGAGGUUGUGAGUUUGACAGUCAAACGGCCACCGCCGUAUCAAUGGGAUCCGUCUGCUACUGAAGAGAUCUGGGUUCCACAAGAGCGUACUGCUACUCUGCCCACCUCUGGACCUCCUGCAUCCCACAAACCUCCCCCACUCAUCCUCAGCCCUGCACAGCAUCUGGACGUCUCCUGUCUUCCAUUUGUCCUCUCGCCUAAAUCUCCCACAAGUCCUAACGCCACAACUUUCCAACCAGCAGGAGCAUACCAGAUUGCUCUGCCCUAUCCACCAAGUGCAGCCUACAGUGGUUCCGUGCAAGCUUCUCCACGUCCCACCUCUCCCAAAGAGGUGGUUACUCCUCUUCCUUUUUCCCAGCAGGACCAAGCAGUGGUCAUCCCACCUGGUUAUCCUCCCAAUUUGCCCAACCUUGCUUGCUGCCCCCUCCCACCAAUGUACCCUGGGACAGCUUCUUGUUCUAGUCUGCCUAUGACUCCCAUUCCUCUUCAUCCAUGGGGUUCUUACAAUCCCUGUCCACCCAUGCCAAGCCCCCCAGGUCCUGCCCCAUCCCUUCCACCAAAGACCUCGCACAUGCAGGAUAAGACUGUUCUUUCUCCUCCCCCCCAACCACCCCCUCUUCCUACGCCACCUCCAGACCACCAGAAUGCGGUCAGUCCCCCAGAGGCUAUCGCCGAAGCUGGGGAAGGCUUUCAGGAGGUGCUGUCACUGAACGAAAGCCCGGUUCCUCAAAGAGCAGACAGGUUUGGCAAGAAGAACCGAAAGCGUUUGGACAACAGUCGGGCGGAUGAAGCCAAUGUUCCAGCAAUCACAGAAGGGGGCAACAAGUCCAAAAAAGAGGGCCGUGCCCUCAGUGACUUCAACUCCCUCAUCUCCAGUCCGAGGUUAGGUGGACGAGACAAGAAGAAACCGAAAGGCCAGAAAGAGCAGCUGAAAGCCAAAAAGCUAAGCAAGGCCACCACAAACGAGUUCCAGGACAGCUCCGAGAGCGAGCCAGAGCUCUUCAUCAGUGGCGACGAGCUGAUGAACCAGAGCCAAAGCGGUAAAAAGAGCUGGAAAUCAAAAAGGAACUUGCGGGCGGGAGGCUGCGAGCUGGACGAAAUCAAAUGCCGAAAGGCUAACGAGAAAGAAGACCGUGGCCUCGGCAGCCAAGGGUUCGUCUACAUCAUGGCCAACAAACAGCCUCUUUGGAACGAAGCCACGCAGGUCUACCAGCUGGACUUUGGAGGAAGAGUCACGCAGGAAUCUGCAAAGAACUUCCAGAUUGAGCUCGAGGGGAGACAGGUGAUGCAAUUCGGAAGGAUUGAUGGGAAUGCAUACAUCUUGGACUUUCAGUACCCCUUCUCAGCUGUGCAGGCUUUUGCUGUAGCACUUGCUAAUGUCACCCAGCGCCUCAAGUGAUCGACUGGACUGGAACAUUUUAGCCAGUUAUACCAAUUCUUUCUUUGCUCUCUGUUGUCCGUUUAAGCAUUUUUUCCCAGUUUAAGAUGCAGUACUAAUACUUGAAAACUACAUCUGGGAAGCCACAUUUUCCGAGUGUUAGAGGUACUACUGGGCACUGAAAUCAAUUGCUGUAGAACAUACUGUCAUUACUAAUUAAUUUGUUUUUGCAUAAGAUACUAAUGUUUGUCACACUUUGAGGACGUUAUAUCUAAACUCACUUCCAGGGACUUUACCCUUGUAGUUCAACAGCUAGCAUCUGAUUAGAUGCUUUUGGCUUGCAGUCAUAAAAAUGUAUUUUAUUAAGAAAUAGUUAGACUGAAUAUACAGUACACUCUUGGUAUUUCUGUUAGGAUGGACUUGCUUUAGCAGACCGAAAAAGCUUAACGGUAAAACCAUUGAUGCUGUAUUCAUUAGCACUUAGAUGUUUUUAAUGAUUAAUUCCUCUUGAAUGUUUGUUUGUUUGUUCAUCCACACUUUAUUAGUGCGUUUUGCAUUUGUUUGUUUGUUUAACUGUCUUAUACAUUCUGAUUGUGCAUCUCUUUCCUGCUGCGAAACAGGAAGUGAAGUGCCAAUCAGUACUCAUGCCCCCCCACCACCACCACCACCAAAAAAUGAAGUGACUGCCCCCUGCUGAUGCUUCUGUGAAGUGAUUUUGUGUAAUGGCUCUCAAGCCACAUUUAGUCCACCUCGACAUGCGCAAACAGGAGAUAUUUUUCUACCGUGCUUCAACAAUGUCAUACCUUUUAAUUUUUUUGAAAAUGAUGUUUGUGACACGUUUUGUUGUCAGUGCUAAGAAUAUCACCGUGUAAUUCAGAAAUUCGGCAGUAGGUUUGCGAGGAACAGCAGUGAGGAUUACGAUUCUCUUAUGAAUAUAGCAGCAUGCGUAACGUUUUCUUUUUAUUUGAUUUGACUGAUACCAAUAAAACAAGCAAGCAAAACGGCAUGAAUAGACAAGUCCCAGAUCAGAAGAGAGUGAAUUUAAAGGCCUGCAACAGUAAUCAUUACAUUUCGUUUUUAGUGGUUCAGUGUUUUCGACAGUAUUGGUGAUCGGAAACCAUUGCAGCAUAAAAACACGUUUGUGUGCAUGUGUGUCUGUCUUAUGUCUUUUGUAAAGAGUGAUCCAAACACAAACGGUGUUUUGUUUCAUGCGGAGAAUCCCCUGAUGGUGAUUCCAGAAAAAGUAGUCGAUGUUCUUAACGGAAGAGUUUGUUUAUUUAUUUAUUUAUGUCUUGUUUGUGCAAUAUUGUGCUUUCUCUACCGUCGGAUUUCUGCCAUUUAAUCCACCUUUAGUAAGUGUGAGCGUUAUUGGUGUACAAACGGUUCUUCAGCUGGUGUCGUGUAUAUAACGUGGAUGGCGCUGAAGCGGUGUUUGUGGAUGAGGAUUGGACGGCGGUGGGUUUUGGAGUCGAAACCAGAACACAGUUUUAGAGCUUCGUGCUUUAACCUUUGCAUCACCUGCUCCAUCCGAUGCGCGUCUUAUACGUGUUCUGAUUCGACUGGUGAGCUUUAUUGGACUUUAUUGUUAUUUGAAAUGUGCUUGGUAUUUGUAGGAAUAGGUCAGUGCUUUGGAGAAGGAAAAACGUGACUUUGGUGAGCGAAUGUUUGUAUUGAAGGGCACAGAGGCAUGCUGGGUAAAUGAUAUUACUUGUUUUUUAAGGAACGUGUUUGUUUUGGAAGAGGUGAGCAUGGAAUGGCUUUGGAACUGAAGAUGCACGCCACGGUUCGUUAUAAUUGCAAUACAUUUUGGAUUCACGUUUGCUUUA